AUGGCCUUUCAGACAAACGUUUUCAGGGAUGGGGCUUGGGUCACCGAGACCGUCGACCUCAAGACCGUUCUUUCCAAAGGUUCGGCCGCCGCCGCAUCGCCCGCUGCCCCUCCACCCCCUACUCCGCCAGACUGUGGUAUUCUUACCAGGACUGUUAUCGAAAGUCCCAUCGCUCGCUGGGUGCUGCCUGCCCUCUUGCGAUCGGCUCAUCACAAUGAUGUUGCUUUUGUCGGCGAUCGCCACGUGAGCAUAAGCGAGUUGCGUAAAGAUGGCCAGCUACAAGAAGUCCUUCGAAAGAAAGAUUUUGGUUGCCGUAUCCGCAAUGCUUGUGUCAUUGGGAACAAGUAUGAACGUUUCCGGGCCACUGCCGAUGAUGCUGGUGUCGACCACAUCAAGAGUGAAGAUGAAGACGACGACACUCACAUGGUGGAUUCUUCCUCUGCCUCUGGUCCCAUCGGCGCUCACGGUCUACUGCCACCGCACCUGCUGCUCCUCGUCCUCGAGACCGGCACCUUCGUCUUCCUCUUCAUCAAAAGAGACAUGCAUAACAAACUCGAGUUUGUCGCCUCGCCCUUUCAUAACCCUGCAAGGCGAAUGGGCCAUCACCUAGGCUUUCAUGUGGCUGUGGAUCCAAGAUCCCGCUACAUCGCUGUAGCUGAUGUGCAGAACAAGUUCGUCGUUUACGAGCUUGAGUCGAUGGAAGCCAUGAGUGAUCAGUACAUGCGCAAAAACGCGAUUGCCCCUGUCAGCGCCCAUCACUCCCGUGCGGUUCAGGGCACGAUCCUCAAGAUGGAAUUUCUUUAUCCUCGACCAGAAGACCAAGGCCAUGUCAUUCUUCUUAUCAUUUUUGUCAAGGGCGACAAGUCAAAAAUGGUGAUAUAUGAGUGGGAACGCGGCGACGAUUUGGCUCGGGUCUUUGCCGAAGAAAAACGUGGUUAUCGCAUACGUCCGGAACAUCGCUUGCCUCUGUUAGUCAUUCCGUUGACAUUGCAGGGGAUUCUGGUCCUGGCAUGA